AUGGUGAAGUAUUUGUCGGAAAAGUGGAAAAUGCAGUCAAAUCAGCUUGCGUCAUCAGAUUCCGGGAAAUGUUAUUCGGUACUUGCAACGCGAGGAGUGCAGUAUUUGGUGAACGAUUUGCUGAACAAUGUACGAGAUGAAGGCAGGCUAAUGAAUCGGUUAAUGGGAUUGUCUGUAAGAGAGCGCGAGGAUGCAAUGGCGCGUUUCAUAACACUGUAUCUGAAAAGGGCUUACGCUGGGAUCGUCACACAAUCACUGGUAAAUAUCUAA